GCAUAUCAAUUCAGUAAAGUUCGAAUCGCCCUAGAGCUGCCACUAGUCGAAGUGUGUGAAGAUUAUUAAGUUCUUAUCAAUAGCCUGUUCGCCUUUUGAGAACAUCGUAACUCGUCACAUUGUGGAAAACCCAAUAUUAAAUCACAAAGGAAUUUAAAAUGAGGCAAAAAGCCUACCUUUGGCUGCUUAAUCUCGUAAUAAUAGUGGCUUUAUCACCCGGGUCGAGCUAUAGUGCUAACGUGCUUGCAUUUCAACAAUCUCCAAUUAGUUUACGGAAGGAUGUAAGGGAUUACCUUAAUAGAAUAUCGCCGGCUGAAUGGAUGGAAUUUUUGACAUCAGGAAUUGAUUCAAUCAACAGACAAAAAAGGCUCGAGGACAACCUCUUAAGCUCUGACAUCACAGUUCAAAAUGGCAGUCUCUCCCAUGCUCAGUUGCUGGACACUCUACCGAAUGAGAAGUCGCAGCUUGACAGUGACAUCGCACUUAAAAUUCUCAAGGGAACAUUGUUUAUGUACAACAGCAAGUGUCUUCCUAGAGGAAUCAGUGGAGAUGAGUGUCGGGCAUUCCUUGAGACAAAGCCACUCCCUGAAGGCAGCCCCCUAAGCGUCGAGUGCAAUCGAGUGCUUCAGAGCCCACGUACAGGUCACCAUGCCUUUAGGCGCCUGCUGCCGCGCAACUACAAGAAUGGCUUUCACGAGAUGUUUGGAGAGGACAAAUUACCUGGAGCCUGGUCUAUCAGUAUGGCAUUGUAUGAUCAGGAAAAUGAUUCGUUGCACAGAACUGGCUCAAGAACAAGAGCUGACACAGAUGACAGUGACUACUCGAAUUUAGUUCUUGUUCAGUUUUCACAGUUCGUAGAGCACGAUAUGAGCAAGACCGUUUCACAGUCGAUGAGCAAUGGUUAUCCGAUUGAAUGCUGCAAUCGCAAUCAGAACAAUUUGCAGCCCCGUUUUCACCAUCCACUGUGUGCGCCGAUUCUGUACAAUGAUAAAAACAAUUGGCCCAAUUGCUUGAACUAUGUAAGAAGUGCGCUUGCUGUGGGCGAGAGAUGUAACUUCGGGUCUGCUGAGCAGCUGAACCAAGCUACUGGCAACUUGGAUCUGUCUCAGCUCUAUGGUUUCACCGAUGCCGCGGAGCGUAAAAUGCGUACGCUAACAAACGGGGCCUUGAAGUCCAGCUUGCAUGGCAAAUUGUUGCCCAUGACGUCAGACGAUGAGGAUCAUAGAUUUUGCGCUUGGAACAAUAGUGCCAAUGUGACCACUUGCUUUAUUGCUGGAGACUCACGUGUUAACAGCAGUCCUCUCUCAAUUCUGGUCUACACGAUCUUUAUGAGGAAUCACAAUCGCAUUGCUGCUGAGCUGUUGUCUCGGCACAAGACUUGGACUGAUGAGCAGCUAUACCAAGCGGCCAAGGCAGUAAAUAUUGAUAUUUAUCGGCGCGUUAUUAUGCGGGAGUGGCUUCCUGAAGUACUAGGCCAGAAGACGGCCGCAGAUGUGCUUGCAACGCCCCCUGUUGCAGCCGACGAAAGACUUUCGGAGGUGUCCAAUGAAUUCGCAGUGGCUGCGAUUCGAUUCUAUUUAUCAAUGCUUCCGAAUGCACUCCACAAUCUCGCCUCCGAUAACAAAGUUGGCUCAUCUAACAACAAUAUUCUUCCGCUGACAAAUAUUUUUGAGCUGCAAAAUGAAAUAUACAAACCCCAACUACAAUAUACUUCCAAAAAACUGAGCGAGAUAUUGCAGAGUCUGCUGCAUGAGCGUGCCAUGAAAAUGGAUGCCUUCUACGUGGGUGCAAUUGUAUGGCAUGAACCAACAAAGCCAACGCAUGCCGAUGUUUUGGCAUUUGACAUUCAAAGAGGACGAGACCAUGGACUACAGCCUUAUUACAAGUACUUGGAAGCAUGUGGUAAUAAGAAAAACAUUGCUGGUUGGUCAGACUUUGAGGCCGUGAUGCCGAAAAAGAUCGUGGAUAAACUGAGGAAUGUAUAUCAAAGAUGGAGAGAUGUGGAUCUCUUAAUCGGAGGAAUAUCAGAGCAACCUGUCGACGGAACUGUUGGCCCCACCUUUAAGUGUAUAUUGGCUGAGCAAUUCUCGAAAAUCCACCAGCGUCAACAGCAGCGCCAACUGCCAACUGACGACUCUUUGCUGAGAGCGUACAGUGCCAUAAACGGAACGAAACUCUUGUGCCUGAACUCUGAUAUGGUGUCUGUGCCACAAAAUAUAUUCCGAUUGCAGUCCAACAGCAAUCGCCUGGUUAAGUGUGACGAUAUUUAAUAACUCAGCGUCGGUAGGCUGGAGAGCUUCGUGGCGAAAUGAAAUCCCAAUUUCAACCAAGACGAAUUUUGAUGAUGUUCCUAAUUUCAACGCAUAGAUCAUGUUAUAUAAUCAAUUGUUAAAUACCGACGUUAUAUUCAAUAAAUAUUAUAAAUA